UCGUGAGCUCUACAUCCUGUUUUCCAGCUCCCAACACGGAUUUUUUUAGGCUAAUAAGAUAUUUCCUUCUAAAAAUGGAUUAUUCUAGUGAUAUUUGUUAUCCUAUAUUAGAUGUUGGCAGUGUUAUGCAGUGGAAAUGUAAUGGAAACUGUUGGAUUGAUAAAUAUGGUGUCAGUGAUUUGUGUGAUAACACCAAAUUUGUUAGUGUAGGUCAAUUGCUAGAUGUUAGAGAAAAAACAACUGUAUUUCCUGAAUACAAACUAAAGCAAUGCCUAGUGCCAAAGACUGUAUUUUGUCACGAUUUCAAAGGGGGCUACCUUGAAGACAAAUUUUGUAAUGGCUCCCCUGACAUUAAUACCUACCGCUUUUUCAAUUGGUCUGUCAUUGAUAUCUUCAUUUACUUCAGUCACAAGCUUGUUACAAUACCUCCACAUGGUUGGCUAGAUGCGGGACACAAACAUGGAGUACCAGUAUUAGGUACCUUGAUUACAGAAUGGGGUGAAGGAGAGAAUAUUUGGAAUUACAUUCUCUCAGACCCGGAAAAGACCUCAUUGUUCUCUCAAAAGCUUGCUGAAAUUUGUGCACAUUUUAAGUUUGAUGGAUACUUAUUGAAUGUUGAAAAUAAAGUUGCACAAGAUUUGGUUGCGCCACUGGUCAAUUUUGUAGGUUUAUUGAAAUCACACUUGGACCUUUAUUGCAAGAGGAAAACUUGGCUUUUGUGGUAUGAUUCUGUCACUGUAGAGGGGAAGUUAGACUGGCAAAACAAGCUAUGCCCAUUGAACAAACUAUUCUUUGACAAGUGCGAUGGCAUUUUCCUUAACUACGUGUGGACCCCCAGUGGCCUAGCAGACACACUGACGGAGGCUGGAAACAGGAAACUUGACGUUUAUGUUGGAGUUGAUGUCUGGGGACGAAAUUGUUAUUAUGAUGGAGGCUUUAAUCUUGACAAGGCCUUGGGUCUCCUUCGUAGUAUGAACAUGUCUGUAGCAAUUUUUGCCACAGGAUGGACUUUUGAAGCCGCUUCUCCAGAACUAUUCAUUGAGAGGGAAACAAGCUUUUGGAACAAACUCUCACGUUUUUUGUUUGUCCAUGGACCAGCGAAUUUGCCAUUUCACACAAACUUUUGUCAAGGAAUAGUUAUGAAUGGCAACACUCCAUGGUUCCAACUGAGUGCACAGCAGUACCAACCCUCUUAUCAGCCCUGUGGUACAACAGCUGGCUGUGUGUCUUUCUGUGAACAAUCAUGUUUGCGAGUGAGAGCUACGAGUCACAGCCACUCAAAACUCUUUCAUAGGGUAUUUGUUUGUGAUUUCUCUGGAAAUGGACAAGAUUUAGACGUUGAAUUAUGCCUCAGAAACUCACCAACAGAACCUGCAAAAAAGUUCCAAAUCUACUUCAUAUUAGAAGAUAAACGAGGUAUCGAAGGGAAACAAGGAGUCAAUAUGUCCACUACACCUAAAGGCUACAGGUCAAUGGUAGAGCUGGAAGGCUUGAGAGUUGUUGCAUCAGUGAUGGAUUUUACUGAGGAAAAUCUUUACAAUGAAAGUAAAAUACUGAGCAAACCAACAGAGGAAAAGGGUACAUGGCAGAGAGUGGUAUUCACACUUAAGAUGGCUCCAAGCUCGUCUUUGACAGAGAUAUUAGUACUUCCGCCUCCUAGCGGAUCUGUGCUCUGGGGAACUGUCGGGGUUCAUGUCGCUUCACCUUCCAUCGCCGAGCUGUCAGCUUGAAUAUUUUUACUUUUAAGUUUAUAUAGAAACUGCUCUCUAAGACUUGCAAAGUUUAAAAUCACAACUGUAGAUUAUUUUUGAGAAAAGCCAAAAAAAGUAGCUGGUUAAGAGUGUCUUUUGGGAUAGAGUCAGCUAGCUUGCCUGAGAAAAUUCGAGUCCAACGGCUUAUAAAUUUAAGGUCACAAAACAAAGCGUAACACUGAUAUUUUCUUCAGAAAGUAGGUUGAUUUUUCAUUUCCCUUCAACCUAUCUGAAGAAUUCCUAUGUCAAGAGGGAAUAUCAGUGUUUUGUGUACUGUUACUUGUGUAACUCUAUUUUAUCAGGUAAGCUUGCUUAAAUUCUAUCCCUUACUUAAUUCACAAAAACAUAAAAUAGUAAUUUUAACUGCGUAAAAAGUAUGUUAGGUUGGUAUAAGUAGGUUUUAAGAAAGAAAAAUUUGCAAUAAAAAAUAAAUAUAAUUAAAAUAAAAAGAAUAACAAAUAACAUGAUUUGUUCUUCUUGUGUCAUGCAUUUUAUAAAACUUUAUCUACUCUUGUAAAAUGAACAAUUUUAUAACUUUGAAACUAAGCCUAGGCUAAAAGAUAACAAUAACUUUAAGAUUUUUAAUACAUACAGGGGUAUAUAGAUAAAUAUGUUGUUACAUAUUAAAUUACAAUACCAAGUGAUAUUUUUGAGACCUUCUUUAAGAGCAGUUAUAAUGUAAAACGUAAUAUUUCCAUACAAGCCUUUUGCAAAGAAUGUUCAAUUCAGAUACUGUACAUUGAAAUGCUGAGAUUGUCUGCAUUAGCUGAAUCCCUAAUUACUAAUUCAUGUAUCUAUUCACUCCAUUUAACCUGUCAGAGGUAUUGAAAUAGUCUGACUGAUGUGGUCAGAAAAAGAGAGCUCACUGUCUUAAGUGAUUCCAUGAGUUUAUAUUUUAUCGUAGAAUUAAUACCGGUAUUUAUUAUCCAUAUGCAAUGUAAACAUUAUCAAUUUAUGCAUCUUUAUACCUUAAUCAAUGCAUGUUAUUA